CUCUCCAAGCUUCCUCCUGACCUGGCCCGUCGUAUACAUGACCUACAGGCAGCGUCUGAGGCUGCAUCUGUUGCCAUGGGUUCCUCGGCCUCCACUACAACCUUUCCAUCUGUCACCACCGGCAGCCUGACUUCAACAAGCAGUUUUCCAUCGAACAUGCUUGGUUUCCGCAAAAUGAUUUCUUCUCCAAUCAAUUCUGUUUCUUCCUCUACUACCAUCCCUUCUGCUUCUGUCCCUAGCAAAAUCCGUGACUUCGUUGGCCCUGCAAACUCAAGCAGCAAUAAUCUAUCCUCUAAAUUCGUUGACACAAACUUAUCUAUAUGUGGCCCUCGUACAGCGGCAACAUUUAAUCUUCAGACUCAGCAUCCACCUUCAGCUGUACGGCCAAGUUGCCCCAUCCCGCUUGGUCAUCUUCACCCAGUGAUCAGCACUUCUACGUUUGGCUCACCAACGAGCAGUUCCGCCUGUAUAUUGCGUAACCACUCUGAUUCUAUCACCACUAAUUUGAUUACUUCGUCGGUCCUACCGUGCUACCGGUCUAACAUUGUAUCAAACGAGUUGGCAACAUCAGUAAGAACUCCCCCAUGCACUCCUGGCUGUAUCGCUGGGACUGAAAUACAAGACGCCUGGCGAGGUGACCUUUUGGCGGGCGACCUCCAAUCAAAUAUUAAAAACAAUUCAGCCUACGAAGCUAAUUUACCUGCGCCGCCUCCCGCUCCGCCUUCUUCUGGUGUGCAGUCCGUUCUUGAAAGCCGAACCUCCCUUCCCAACGCUAUCUCCCUCGCUCGUCUUUUUCCAAAUUCGGGACCUGAGUGCUUACAAUACGUUGAGUUUAACUGUGAAUCACAUGUCCCUGGAAAAUCUGACGACGUUUUUUCAGCAUCUGCAAAACUUGACCUUAUGGAGUCAGUUACUUCGUCCUCGUCGUCUUCCGCUUCUGCUUCAUCAUCGACUUUCGGCCACCGACACUCUACUAAGCCAUUUGUUGAUUCAGUUGAUGCUGAGAGCCUUUCUGAUCUCGUUCAUCAUGAAAAUCCCAACUUAUGUUCCAGCUCGUUUAUAGCACCGACUCGGCAAACUACAGACAAAUUGGCCGGUGAUUUGGUACAUGCUUCGCCAUCGAACAUUACAACAUUGCCAUCUUCCUCAUCUCCAAGUGCCGCUUCAAAUACUCUUAGCUCUAGUUCGACCACCUUCGGAUUCAUGUUUCAAAAUACGCUUGCUACUCGUCAGCUAAGUGAUAAAGCACAAGGCUUGAAGUCAUUCGCUACUCCAUCAUUGUCUUGCCAAAAGUUGAAUAAUAUUGAGCCUGGAUCCGGAUCUCAACACUAG